AUGCAACCAUACACAUUCAAAGUUCGGUAUAUUCCUGGUCCAAGGAAUAUCGCAGACACGCUUUCGCGUCUUGUUAAGAAUGACCCUGCUCAAAAGUCGCUAGAUUUGGAAGAUGCUUAUGUUAGGUUUGUAGCUAAAGAAGCUACACCGAUGGCAAUGACAACGCGCGAGAUUGAGAGAGCAUCAGAGAAUGAUCCAGAACUGUGUUCUGUAAGACAGUGUCUUGUUACACAACAAUGGCAUCGUAUGGAGUUUAAGCAAUAUUUACCAGUACGUGCUGAAUUGUGCUCGAUUGGAAAGUUAAUAUUGCGCGGUACACGAAUUGUUAUACCCUUACAGUUGCGUGAUCAGGUUCUGGAGUUUGCGCAUGAAGGCCAUCCUGGCAUUGUUGCAAUGAAAUCGCUGUUAAGAAGUAAAGUAUGGUGGCCAGGGUUGGAUAAGAGUGUUGAAAAAUUUUGCAAGAGUUGUUACGGUUGUCAGUUAGUGGGUCAACCCAGUAAACCCGAACCGAUGAAGCGCAGGGAAUUGCCUUCCGCGCCAUGGCAACAUCUUGCCGCAGAUCUUUUAGGUCCGUUGCCAAGUAAAGAGUAUAUAUUUGUGCUUGUAGACUAUUACAGUAGAUAUUUUGAGGUCGCGGUCACGAAAAAUAUUUCAUCAGAGAACAUAACAAGUUUAAUCUCGAAGUUUUGUUUAACUCAUGGAUUGCCAUUUUCAAUCCACACUGACAAUGGUCCUCAGUUUGUAAGUGAACAUUUUAAGGAUUUCAUGUUAGACAAUGGCAUAGUUCAUCACAGGACAACUCCUUUAUGGCCGCAGGCAAAUGGCGAGGUAGAGCGGCAAAAUAGGUCAAUUAUGAAACGUGUUCGAAUUGCUUUUGCUGAAGGCCGAGAUUGGAAAUCUUGA